UUACAAGAAUCAACGGAUCGUUAGCAAAUUGUAUGAAAGUGAGAUAAAAAUGGCGUGGAAAGAAACUUUUUCAACCUCCUCCACUUCACUAAAAGUGUCCAUGGCUCUGGCUCCGCUCCAGGCAAUAGUUUAUAUCAUUGGAUACUCAACCAACUACUGGGUGACAGCAAAAAAUACAUCAGUAAACACUGGUUCCUUGUUAAACAAGCUUGGAUUCAAAGUCUCCAACGGUUUAUGGGGAAGUAAAAUGUGCCUGCUGAACCAGUGCCAGACAAUUGAAUUCGGUUCCAUACCAGACUGGCUACAUGUGACAAGACUGUUUGCAACGCUUGCUCUGAUUGGGUUCGUGGUGACCACUGUUGGUGUGUUUGUCUGUCUGUUUGUGACACAGCUAUCACAGAGGCGGAUCCUACACAUUUUGACGUGUGUGGUGGCGACUUCAACAGCUGUCUGUGUGUUGGUAGCCGUGAUCAUUUACGGUACUCAGUACAACAAUCUGGAUCAACGGUUCCUGACCCAGACAGACAAGGACCCAUCCUGGUCCUACGGUCUGUGCGUGGCGGCUCUAAUUUUAGACAUCAUCACCUCCAUCCUGUUGGCCAUCAACGCUCUGAGAAAACCCAUCAUCUAGUGGUGUACUUCAAAUCUCACUGUACAUAUCAUCUAAUUUUGUACUUCAAAUAACAUUGUGCCUAUCCAUUAUAAUAUCAACUAGAGGUGUAUUAUAAAUCCCGAUGUACUUUUUGUUAUAAUAGUAAUAAUACAUGAUCUACCGGUGAACUUCUUGUUGUACGUUUCUGUUAUAAUUAGGUCACCCAUGUCACUUGGGUGAUUUAUUGCGAUCUGCUUUCGUCCGUCGUCGUGCGUUAACAUUAGAACAUUUUCAGCUUCUUAUUUGAAACUACUAGACCAAACUUGAUGUCUAGCAUCUAUAGGGGUAGGGGGAUAUGAAUUAAGAAAUUCAUGACCCCUUUCCCCCAGGGAAGUUUUGAUAAAACUGUAAAAAUUAGUGCACAUGCAAUUGUUAAAAUUCUUCUUCUCUAUUAGUGGCACUCACCAGAAAAAAUAAAUGUAUGUUUCUAAUGAGCAGGGAUGUCUCUAUCAAAAUUGUCCCGAGGUCAUGGGUUCAGGCCCCAGGGUCAUGCCAAUAUGACAAUAUAUAGUGAAAAUGUAUUAAACUAAAUGAAUGAUCCUAAUCCCUAUGAAAAUGGUUUUAAUCUCAUAGAAUGCAUGAUUAUGAUUUCCAUGAAGCUUUUUACCUAUGUUGUAAAAUCCACAGCCUCUCUGUCAGGGGUUUCAGGCACUGGUGUGAAGUUUAUAUGGAUAUAUACUUAAAAUAUAUUAAAUCUUAGAAUACCGGUAUUCUUCUCUUCUCCCACAUAUAGUUGAGAGAAACUUAAGGCAUGACCUAUAGAGGUCUGUACCAAAAUUGUGAAAUUCAUGGCCCCUGGGUCAGGGC